UUUGUUAAUGUGACACUGGUAAACUCAAUAAAAAUUAUAAAGAAAAAAAAAGAAGUCACAGAACUAUUUCUGGAGGACCGGGGAUUCACAGGUUGAGAGCCUCUGGGAUAGUAACACAUCCGAGUGUCUCUUGAGCCGUGAUGGCAAGAUCGUCAGCGUAGAUGAAACUCUAUGAUGGCAUAUUAUCAGAUUAGAUCUUCUUCUAAGGCUGCUUUGAAGAACCUGGCUAUCAUUCCGAGCCAAACAAUGAUCAGGGACGAUGGGAGCUGGUUUCAGAGACACCUUGAGAAGGCGAAAACGAAUCCUCCAGACCCUUUGCCUGGCCUCUCCGGAGCUUCCUCUCCAAGCGACACAGCACUUCCAGGGCCAAGUGGUGAGCUCAUGCCGGGCUGAAACCCGAGGAGACACAUGCCCGCUUUGGGCACUGCCAGGCUAUGAGCUCAAGGUGGUAUUUUUAGAGGCAAGACAUGACUUCACUCGGCGAAAGGGUGAGCAGAACGGCAACCCGAAGGGAACGCGGACAGGCUGGGUGAGUCUCUAGGCCAGCUCACCUUUCCCAAUGCCUCCCUCGCCACUGGAAGAAAGGAUCGGCGUGCUGCAGAGACCCAAGACCUUGGCCUUGCGCCUCAACCACAGCUUUGGGCACAACGGCGGCGGCGGCAGCGGCGAGAAGCAGCGCCAGCCCUCUCCUCCUCUGCCGCCUUCUCCGGCUUGCAAAGCGUCCAGCCAGGCCCCGGCGGCUCCCAAGGGCGAGGAAGCCCGCAGGGGUGCCGUCCUCCAGCCCAACCAUUCCCACACCAUCGACAUCAAGCUGACCGUGGGGGGCGGCCAGGCCCGGGUCCCGCCGGAGCGGAACCUCUCGCUGCAGCUGGACCUUAAGCAAAGCGGCGAGCGGCAGGGCGGGGUGCUGGCCCCGCAGCUGAAGGUCUUCCUGCCCCAGGCCAAGCUCAAGAAGCGGUGCUUCAAGGAGAACUCCAAGCCGGUGCUGGACACCUCGGCCAGCUCCUCCUGCCUCUCCAGCCCGGCCAACACCAUGCACCCCUUGAAAUGUGGCUGCCGGGGCUGCUGGCGCCUCAUGCGCUGUGACGACGUGGGUCCCAAGUCCGGCUUGCGCUCCUUGGGCUGCUUCUCCUGCCGCUCCAGCCUGCGCUCCCUGAGCUGCUCCAGCUGCAGCCCGCCGUCCCUCAAGAAGCUGGGCUGCUUGCCCUGCGCCCCGGCCGCCCUGCGCUCCUUGGCCUGCCUGGCCUGUAACCCCUCGGUCAAGUCGGGCAGCUCCUCCUGCAGCUUCUGCAGCAGCGACCCCAUCGUGGCCUACGACCCCCGGCCGGGCUCGUCCCCGGCCCCCAGCUGCUACGGCGGGGACGACGACGACGACUACAGCGUCCGCACCAUCUGGCCGGACGAGCUGGCCAAGAAGAUGACCAAGACCCGGGCGCAGCAGCAGCAGCCGACGACGGCGCCGCACCACCAGACGUCCCCCCUGAUCCUGGACUGUCGCAACUUGGUGGAAUACACCAAGAGCCAUCUUCAGGGGGCCAUGCGCUUCGGGGUGGCCGAGGUGGCGGGCCGGCGGCGGCUUCAGCAGGGCAAGUUGGCUAUGCUGGAUUUCCUCUCCUCCCGAGGGGGAGGCUGCGAUUGCAGGGACUCUUCGCUCCAGCGCCUCUGGCCCAAGGAAGCCGGGAACAGCGCCGGACUCGAUCCUGCCCCAGACAGCCCCCCGCAACCGCACAAGACCCAGCCCUCGCACAACCUGCAUCUCAUGCUGAACCUGCUCAACAAAGACGGGCCAGAGGAGCCCGGCAAGAGAGAAGGUACCGACAGCCCCGACGACUUGGGCCCGCCACUCACGCCUGACUUGGAGAAUGCCGAGCUGAGCCCUAUCCUGCCCUUCCUUUUCCUGGGCAACGAAAGGGACGCCCAGGACCUCGAGCGGAUGCUGAGCCUCAACGUGGGCCACGUCCUCAACGUCACCACCCACCUGCCCCUCUACCACGCUGACAGUGGACGCCUCCGCUACAAGCGCCUGCCCGCCACGGACAACAGCCGCCAGGACCUGCGCCAGUACUUUGAGGAAGCCUUUGAGUUCAUCGAGGAGGCCCACCAGAGCGGCAAAGGGGUCCUCAUCCACUGCCAGGCGGGGGUCUCGCGCUCGGCCACCAUCGUCAUCGCCUACUUAAUGAAACACACGCUGAUGACCAUGGGUGACGCCUACAAAUACGUCAAGGGACGGCGGCCCAUCAUCUCGCCCAACCUCAACUUCAUGGGACAGCUGCUGGAGUUCGAGACGGAUCUCAACGCCGGCGUCACACCCCGCAUCCUCACCCCGAAACUGGCCGGAGUGGAGACCGAAGUGUGAACAACAAUCCCGGGUGUGGGAGGGGGGGGGGUGAGGGCGACCUCCGGCAAUCUCAGGGCUAGGAAGAGGUGUGCGUGGGGUGUGUGUGUGCGUGCAAUAAGGGACCGACAAACUGUGUGGUACUGGACAAUAGCUCAGCUGAAGCAGUGAUGCGAGCAUUGGUUGGGUGGGCAGCUUCGAGGCCACUGAAAAGCCAUUGCUGCAACAAUACAAAUAGAUGGGUUUGGGGUUUUUUUUUCGGUGGGUGGGAUGCCUUUCUACUAGUGGUGUGCGUUGUCUCGUUUCAUUUCUGACUUUCGUUGUAGGGCACGAGCCGUUUUCGGAAAGCCUCCCGAAAUUGGGAGGGUUGUUUUCGAUUGUUUUGUUUCGGAGGCCCGAAAAUCGGCCCAUUAUGGUGGGCGGCUUCCCACAAACUGGCUCCCCUUCCUGAGGCGUUUGGCUGUCUGGCAGGCACUGCACUUCUUCUCUUCCUUGUCCUCCCUGCCUCCCACAUGCCCACAGUGCCCCACAUUAACUCACGGGAGUCAUGGCCAGGCAGCCCCACAUCCAGACCUCAGCAAGCAACUCGGAGAGUGUGGUGGGCGCUCGACUGCAGGCAGGCACUGAGAGGCACACACAGGCUUCCCAGGUCUGCCUGCACACCCCACGCCCCACAAACUCUCCCUGGAAAGAAAGUGUGCUCAGUGCCUCAGCAAGCAACUCAGCGAGUGUGGUGGGCGCUUGACUGCAGGCAGGCACUGGCUUCCCAGGUCUGCCUGCACACCCCAGGACACACAAACUCUCUCACUUUCUUUCCAGGGAGAGUUUGUGUGGCGUGGGGCAUGUAGGCAGACCUGGGAAGCCAGUGCAUCAUGCCUCUCAAUGCCUGCCUGCAGUUGAGCGCCCACCACACUCUCCGAGUUGCUUGCUGAGCCACUGAGAGGCAUGCACAGGCUUCCCAGGUCUGCCUGCACACCCCAUGCCACACAAACUCUCCCUGGAAAGAAAGUGUGAUCAGUGCCUCAGCAAGCAACUUGGGAGAGUGUGGUGGGCGCUCAACUGCAGGCAGGCACUGAGAGGCAUGCACAGGCUUCCCAGGUCUGCCUGCAUGCCCCACGCCACACAAACUCUCCCUGGAAAGAAAGUGUGUGUGUGGCGGGGCAUAGGCAGUCCUGGAAACGCACACUCGCCUCUCAAUACCUGCCUGCAGCUGAGCGCCGACAAUCACACCCACACAAAACAUGGAAAGGAGGGAGGGGAGGUGGUUCCUUCCGCCCUGAUGAUGAGCUCCGGAUGUGGGGCUGCCCGGCUGUGACUCCCGUGAGUGAACGUGGGGCAUUGUGGGUGCAAGGAGGGAGGAAGAGGAAGAGAAGAAGUGCGCACGCAUGAAAUUUCGGCACCAGAUGAAAGCAGGCUUUCGUGUCGAGCUGAGUUUCGUGUGGGAAGGGGAACUUUCUGAAUAAACGAAAGAAACGAUACGAAGGAAGUUUGCGCACAUGCCUACUCUCUACACUUGCCAACCAAUAAGCACUGACGAAACCGAUGUUAUUUCUAUGUAGAACUUUCUUCUCUCAGCCUCAGUGUAUUGGGAUUGGGAGGGAUUCGAGAUGUGCGCAUGAGAGAAAUCUCAUUGGGUUUAAUUUAUUGGGAUGGGAAGCGUGUGUUUGUGAAGAUGUGAAGUUUCUGCUCAUCUCUCCCCUCCUCGGUCCAGACUACUUCCCGUUCAACCAGGACGGAGAACAUUUUUAUGGGGUCGGGGUUGUCUCAACGCAUGUGUAUGAGUGUGUAUAUUACGGGAGGGGAUGACAAUGCGAGGGAGACGCCCUCCUUCCACAGUUAUCAGAAUUUAAUGCUCAGGAUUAUGACUUCUUCUAGGUAGAUGUUUUGGUGUGGAUGAAUGGAAAGAUAAGAGCCAGGAUAAUUUACAACUCCUUCCCCGUUUUUGCUGCUGGUGGUUGUGAGACCGGGCAUCCUGUGCCACUGUCUUAUUUAUUUAUUUGAGCUCUCCUACUGCUUGGCUUCUUCUUUGACCACCGAUCUGUUGACUGAAUCUUCAAAUGGUAGUAUGGUGGAAACUGGAAGAUGUGCUUGCGAAGGGGGCACAUUGACUGUCUCGCUCUUGCACACAGUUUAGGCACUUCCCCUUCUCAGGGUAUCGAUACCAUUGGGAUUGUCUUCCAUGAUGGAGGCCGUACUUACGAGCGGCGUUCACUAAAGGUUUCCCCUGACCCACUUCUAUUUAUCACAGGACGCUGAAACCGCACAUGUGUCAGGAUACAAGUCUCUUUAUGUGACGUGCCAAUUGGCAACCCGGAACUGAUCACGGUCUUGAUUGUAGAGGUGCUAACGUAGUGAGAGGUUAUAACGGAAUACAGAGCAGUCAAGUUCCUUGACUUGAAAGGCCGGAUGCACACCAAAGGAGACGUUUGUUCGAUGAGAUGAAAGAGGUUGACGGUGAUGAUUCCCCAUCAUAUGACGUAGUGAACAACUGGCAUCGUCAAUUCCAGUGUGGUCGGACUUCGGUGAAAACAGCUCCAACUCCAGGGCGACCUGCUAUUGAUGAACCCACCAUCUGGCAAGUGGAGAUUGCAAUUUUGGAAAAUCACUGUGUAACCAUUCGCCACCUAGCCCAAAAUGUCAAGAUUAUUGCGGAUUAUUGAUGAUAAAUGGAGCCAAGAGUCACCCGCAGAACAGUGACGUACCACUCAGGUUUGCAGAACAAAGAAAAGAGAUACAGGAACGAUCAAAUAAACAGUGGUAUUUACAAUGGUCCCGCUGAUUCCUUACAGAAGUCCACAGUCAUAAACAGUCCUUUCUCAGUCCACAAAUCUGCUUCUGAGAAGGAUACAGCCCUGUUUCUCCGCCCUCUUUUCUCAGCAGCAAACAGGCCUCGAAAAUAGCAAGGCAGAGUACACAGCUAUCUUCUCUAGCUGUACUCAGUCAGCACUGAAAAAAACUUGUUCAAACUGGUUCUACAGCAGCAGAACAGAAACAGUAUCAAAUCAAUUCUCAGGUCUUUGCAGCCCCAGCCAUUCGACUUCAUGCACUUCAUUUUCCAGUUGACACACAUAUAGCACAGUAUCUUUGCAAACCAUGACAAAGAUGAGUGUGGGAUCUGUGGAAAAAAUCAUCCAAGACCAUCUUCACAUGUAUAAGGUAUGCGCCGGCUGGGUUCCCCAUGGGCCCAUAACCAAAUGUCAGAGUAAUUUACGCAGCGCAGCAGCAGUUGGAUGGAAUCAGUGGAACGCAGAACGAAGAGACAUCCAGAGACUUUAGUAAAACUAUAUACAAGUUUUACUGUAAGCAGUAAUAAUCAAGACAAACAGACUUGCAGACGAACACAGGACUCUAGGCAGACAGGACUCGACACAGAACUGAGAACUGAACAGAACUGAUGCAAUCAGUAAUGCAUACACACACUUGUGUCUGGACACUCCCCAGUUCCAGCCACACAUCAAGGUCAUCACAGCUUCUCUUUACAGACUAUAGUACACUCUGGAUGAUGCAAUCAGUAUGCAAUACAGGCAAGACACAAAUUUCAUUUAAACACUAUCAAUACACAAAUCCCACAUUAACAACCUUUUCCGAAGCAGGAGCGAGUCGAAUGCCAUGGAAACCAGGAGGACUUUUCCAACAGACUGAUCACACCGGAUGAAAGCUGGGUCCAUCACUAUGAUCCUGAGACGAAAGUCCAGUCGAUGGGAUGGAAGCCUCAUGACUCCAAAGAAGGCCCAUGCCCAACUCGUGGCAGGCAACGUUCACAGUAUUUUGGGAUCCGCACGGAGUCGUAUGGAUGGAUUUCCUAACAAAGUAUUUUUCAGGUGAUGAGACUGAUUUCCGAAGUCACAGUGUGGCUUUGGGAGCAACUUGUCGAGGAGGUGUUGACAGUUGCUUCAAAAGAAGUGGAGAGAAGGACUCAGAACUGGGCCAAGCUUCGUUGCUUUCAGGCCACUGGAAGUGGUCAGGGGAAAUCUUGAACAAACGCCCCUCGUAAGAGGAUGGAGUGGAAUAGUUGGGGAGAGCAAUGAAGGAAUCCAAAAGAGUCACCCCUAACUUGUUGUACCACACCAUCCAUACUCUGGGAGAUACGGGAAUUGUAGUCCAAGGCUCUCGGAGGGCAAACAUUGUAGGAAGGCUACCUCCCGUAAAGUUCGUUUUGGGUUUCUUGGGAGUCAAAAGAAUCGGGUGUGUGGUUCUUCCCUCGCACCACUUAUCUCGAAAUGCAAUAUAUACAUAUAUUUUUGUUGUUGUCGGUUGCUCUUGAAGUGUCUCCUUCCUCUUCUCUCCUUUUCCCAUGCCGUCUGCAGAUGUUGUUUGGUUGCCUUGUUCGAGCGGUCUUCCAAGGCAGUCUUUUCUUGAGACGGUUGAGUCCGUUGACAUUAAUGCCGGCAGAGGCAUCCAUGUGGCUUCAGGGCCUACGAUACGGAGUUGGUGAACACGCAAAACGGCCUCCAAACUGUGAGAUAAUGCCGGGAGCAGGCAAAGAGUCCUUCCCCUCGCUGUAUUGUAAUUUCUUAAAUCCUGUCUCCAAGUGUCCCCAAAGUGCUCGCUGGUGCGAUUUAGAGCCAACUAGGAAUCAAAACAACCCAGCUGUAUGUGUCAGGAGCAACUUGAGAAACUACAGGUUGCUUCUGGUGUAAGAGAAUUGGCCGUCGGCUAAGACGUUGCCUGGAUAUUUUGACGUUCUACCAUCCUCGUGGGAGGCUUCUCUCACACCCCUGCAUGGGGAGCUAGAGCUGACAGGCGGGAGCUCACCCCACUCACCCUAGAUUUGAACUGCCAACCUUUUGGUCAGCAGUCCUGCUGGCACAAGGGUUGAACCCAUUGCGCCACCAAGUUGCUUCUGGUGUAAGAGAAUUGGCCGUCGGCUAAGACGUUGCCCGGAUAUUUUGACGUUCAACCAUCCUCGUGGGAGGCUUCUCUCACACCCCUGCAUGGGGAGCUAGAGCUGACCGGCGGGAGCUCACCCCACUCACCCUAGAUUUGAACUGCCAACCUUUUAGUCAGCAGUCCUGCUGGCACAAGGGUUGAACCCAUUGCACCACCGGGGGGAGGGCGCUCCAAGGAGAAAGUAAGACUGAAAUUUUUAGACAAAUGAGUGAAUUGAAAACGUUCAACUUUAGUAGGCAACUUGCAACUUCUGUUUCGGCCUCCACUGGAAAGUAACGUUGUCCCACAGUUGCAACAGCUUUGGCUGCAGCGGUGCACGACCUGGUUACCCACACCGCCCUGGUUCCUGGUGACUAUUCGUGCAAUGUUUCUCCUCCCUUUUGGAAAAUUUUGUACUUGAUAGUGAUGCCCCCACUCGCCCAGUUAGGCAAGAAGCAGGCGUGACCCGAGACGGAUAGGGCAGCUUCCCUUAGAUGUGUUCAGACGAUCUUUUCCCAUAGCCUCCCACUCUGGAGUUGUAAGGACAUAUGGGGACGGGGGGCUGCAAUAGAAUAUUCCCCUUUCCUUGCUGUUUCUCUUUGGAUCUUGUCUUUGUUAUUUAUUGGGCUCAACCAGUGGCCCCUGCUGUAAUUUAUUAAACAUAUUUCUGUUUUGUAA